AUGGCUGCGGUGAUAGUGAUAGUGAAGGAGAAGCGAGACGAGCUGGCCCAGGGAGGAUCCCUCCGGUCGCCUAGGAUCACCGAACACCCAACGGACAUGACGGUGCCAAGGAGUGAGCCAGCCACCCUCAACUGCAAUGCGGAGGGGAAGCCGCCACCCACCAUCCGCUGGUUUAAAGACGGUCAGCUUGUCAGGACGUCCCCAGGUGAUCCCAAAUCCCAACGGGUGUUACUACCGACGGGAUCCUUGUUCUUCCUGCGGGUGGUACACGGCAAGAAGGAGGAUGACGCGGGGGUGUACUGGUGCCAGGCGAGCAACGAAGUGGGCACCGUCACCUCCAACAACGCCACCCUCGAAAUAGCAGGUAAGACAGGUGUUGAAGAGGUCAGGUAA